AUGGAUGCAAAUCAUAUUGGAGAUUUGAUGGUUUCUCCGGAAUUCAUGCACUUGCACCAACAACAUCAUCAUCCACAAUUGCAACAUCAAUCGCAACCCCAGUCACUUCCAGCACAGCAAAUAAAUAACACUUAUGCUGGAGAUAACGCUAUCGUUAAUGGAACAAAUGGACAAGAAACUCAGGAAAUAACACGUCCUGUUCGUCGUACAAGUCGCCGCACCUCGCAGCUAAGCAAUAAUAACUAUGAUAUGGAAAUGACAGAUUCAAGUUCGCAAAGUGAUGACACCAGCGGAGGCGGUGGUAGCAGCAAUGGCGGCAGUGCACGUCCUUCCAGUCGUGGUAGAAAUUCAUCUUCUGGUGGCACAAGUCAAAGUCGUCGCAGAAAAGGGGUACUCAAUGCUAAGGAGCGUAACUUACGCCGCUUGGAAUCGAAUGAACGGGAGAGGAUGCGUAUGCAUAGCUUAAAUGAUGCAUUUCAGUCGUUGCGUGAAGUCAUACCACAUGUGGAAAUGGAACGUCGACUAUCCAAAAUUGAAACCCUUACAUUAGCCAAAAAUUACAUUAUUAACCUAACGCAUAUUAUACUCUCGAAACGUAAUGAGGAAUCUUCAUUGGAUUUGGAUGGAGUACUAUUAAAUGGUGGCGACACCGCAAACAGUUCUGGCGUCACUAGCAAUGAUAUUGUAAUUGGUGUCGGUGUUGGCACUGGUGUCGGUGUCGGUGCUGGUGCUGGUACUGGUGUUGGUGCUGGUGUCGGUGUUGGUGUUGGUAACGGUUUAUGUUAUGAUGAUAACCUUACAAAUGGUACAAAUCAAACAGCUUACGAUUGUGCACUUUUAGUUGAAACGGCAAAUCAAACACCAACCGUCACUACAGCUACAACCACUAUUCAAAUACAAAAUCAGAGUAUAGAGCAUAUGCAUCAACAAGCCGCAGCUACGCAUUUGUUGCAUCAAAAUCAUAAUCAAUUAAUGUUGCAACAACCUCAACAACAUCCUCAAGCAACAGCAAUUUUAUUAACAAAUGGCUUUGGCAACGACGCAAAUGACAACAACAACAAUUUUGAUGAACCUUUCCGAGAAUUCAUAUAA